GCUGUCAUUGAUGUAAUUCCGUAGCACCUAGCAAAGCACAUCGAGCGGCGUCGCCUUUGUCGGAUUUUCUGCACGAUAAUGGCAACACUGGUAGCAAACAGAGCUAUGGAUGUCAACGGCUUGGCAGCUGCUGCGAGAACACACACCCAGGCUGUCACCAGGAAUUACAUCUCUCAACCCAGGCUAACGUACUCCACUGUGUCAGGUGUAAAUGGACCUCUGGUGAUCCUGGAUAAUGUUAAGUUCCCUAGAUAUGCAGAGAUUGUUCAUCUGACCUUGCCAGAUGGCACCAAGAGAAGUGGACAGGUCCUGGAAGUAAUUGGCAGCAAGGCAGUUGUCCAGGUGUUUGAGGGAACAUCUGGCAUUGAUGCAAAGAAGACGGCCUGUGAGUUCACUGGAGACAUCCUGCGAACCCCGGUGUCAGAGGACAUGUUGGGGCGGGUGUUCAAUGGUUCUGGCAAACCCAUUGACCGCGGCCCCACCGUUCUGGCUGAGGACUACUUGGACAUCAUGGGUCAACCCAUUAACCCUCAGUGCCGUAUCUACCCUGAGGAGAUGAUUCAGACCGGCAUCUCAGCCAUUGAUGGAAUGAACAGCAUCGCCAGAGGACAGAAGAUCCCCAUUUUCUCUGCUGCUGGGUUGCCCCACAAUGAGAUUGCUGCUCAGAUCUGUCGUCAGGCCGGCCUCGUGCAGAAGCCUAAGGAUGUGAUGGACUACAGUGCUGAGAACUUCGCCAUCGUUUUCGCAGCCAUGGGGGUCAACAUGGAAACUGCUCGCUUCUUCAAGUCUGACUUUGAGGAAAACGGCUCCAUGGACAACGUCUGCCUCUUCCUGAACCUGGCCAACGAUCCCACUAUCGAGCGCAUCAUUACCCCCCGCUUGGCGCUGACGACAGCAGAGUACUUGGCCUACCAGUGUGAGAAGCACGUCCUSGUCAUCCUCACUGACAUGAGCUCUUACGCUGAAGCUCUGAGAGAGGUCUCUGCCGCUCGAGAGGAAGUGCCGGGCCGUCGAGGCUUCCCAGGCUACAUGUACACAGAUCUGGCCACCAUCUACGAACGUGCCGGCCGAGUGGAGGGUAGAAAUGGCUCCAUCACCCAGAUUCCCAUCCUCACAAUGCCUAAUGACGAUAUCACCCAUCCCAUUCCUGAUCUGACUGGUUACAUCACAGAGGGGCAGGUCUACGUGGACCGACAGCUGCACAACAGACAGAUCUACCCUCCUAUUAACGUGCUGCCCUCGCUGUCACGUCUCAUGAAGUCUGCCAUCGGCGAGGGGAUGACCAGGAAGGACCACGCUGACGUGUCUAACCAGCUGUACGCCUGUUAYGCCAUCGGUAAGGAUGUCCAGGCCAUGAAGGCUGUGGUGGGAGAAGAAGCCCUCACCUCCGACGAUCUGCUCUACCUGGAGUUCCUGCAGAAGUUUGAGAAGAAUUUCAUUGCUCAGGGCCCGUACGACAACAGGACGGUGUACGAGACUCUGGACAUCGGCUGGCAGCUGCUGCGAAUCUUCCCCAAAGAGAUGCUGAAGAGGAUUCCUCAGAGCACUCUGGCUGAGUUCUACCCCAGGGAGUCCGCCGCCCGUCACUGAGGCACUUGUAAAGAUCUUCUAGUUCAAGCCCACCUAACACCCCACCCCACCCCCCGCCCCUCUUUCCUCUUUCCCCCACCCCACAGCCUUAAAAGGGAGGGUUAGAAGGCAGCCUUCACCCAUCCCACGUUUUGGCUUCCUCCUUUUCCACCCUUCUUUAGAAGCUCCAUCUUUUCCUUUCUCCAUCUCAGCCCUGCUGUCCCCCCCCCCCCCCCCACCCCMCCCCGCAUCCAAACAAGAUCAGGGCAAAAUUAAAAAGAGAAGAAGAAUCUCCCCCCAAUACAUAGAUGUACCGUAGUGUUUCAGUGUUCUGACAUGUGUGGAUGAAAAGUGUUGGUGGUUCCAAUCCAAUACACAAUCAUUUUAGAUCUGUCUUUAUUUAUUGGCUCGUGUCACUGCUGGUUCUUUUUCCUCUCUUGUUUUUCUGKUUUAAUAAAGGCUUUGUGUCCCGCUCCUCCCUCCCUUGCCCUGUAAGAAGAGAGGUGAAGGGAAAAAAAAACGGGCAAUAAAAGCGACAUUUUCAUUUUCGUCACCACAGGCUGAUUGUUUUGUUUUUUUUUUUCCUUUUCUUUAAAUGACAUCUUAUAUUUCCAGUCGUGUAUCGGUUAAUUUCUGAAAGCUUCUGUAUUUCUUUUUACGUUUCAGCAGAGAAACAUCUUGAAUAAACUCAGACAAACUUGGGCCACAAGCAGAGAUCAAAUGUUUACUGUAUGUUUCCCAAAGUACUUCACCUUCUUUCUUUGAUUUUUUUUGUUCCUCUCAUAAAAUAUUGUAAGUUUGCAUCUUUUUUUGUGUUUUGUUGACAAAGUAAGAGUGUAUAAAAGUAUAUCAAACAUUCCCAGCUGUUUGCAGUAAUUAUCUGUUGUGCAACCAUAAUGUUUUUGUGUCUGUGAAUAAAUUAAAUUAUAUGGAAAAAA